CCAAUAGCAGUUCCUAGAACACCCACAGGGAACAGUUCCACAGUAGCGGAAGGAGUAGCCGUAGGUCUCUUGUAUGCCGCUUUCUGCGUAGUGGCUGCUUGGAUGAAAUCGUGAAUCUGAUGUGGGACUUCCUGGUUAGACGUUGCUUCUUUCGGGAAUUUUAAGUCUACGGACCAACACAGUGUUCAUCACAUUACAGCGAUAUUUUAACGGUGUUGGUAGAGAUUAAUUUGUCAUCAUUUUUUAAGUUAGCACAAAGCUAACAUCAGCGUUACCUUGCUCUAACCAUGUCUGCUUCGACUGGAUGCUCCCCAUCGGGCCAGCACUCGGGCCUUGUCCCCAGUAUGUCCAUGUUUCGAUGGCUAGAAGUGCUGGAGAAGGAAUUUGAUAAGGCUUUCGUGGAUGUGGAUCUGUUGCUUGGAGAAAUAGAUCCAGAUCAAGUGGAUAUAACGUAUGAGGGUCGGCAGAAGAUGACCAGCCUUAGCUCUUGUUUCGCUCAGCUCUGUCAUAAAACUCAGACUGUCUUCCAGCUCAACCAUAAACUAGAGGCUCAGCUGGUGGACCUGCGCUCAGAGUUGACCGAAGCUAAAGCUGCACGGGUGGUGGCAGAAAGGGAGGUCCACGACUUGCUCCUGCAGCUUCAUGCUCUCCAACUGCAGCUUCAUGUCAAGCAAGGCCAAGCUGAGGAGUCGGAUACCAUCAAAGAUAAACUGCCUACACCAACCUUAGAAGAGCUGGAACAGGAGCUUGAGGCCAGUAAGAAGGAGAAAUUAGCAGAGGCAAAAAUGGAGGCAGAAACCAGACUAUAUAAGAAAGAAAACGAGGCCCUUCGCAGGCACAUGGCAGUACUGCAGGCCGAAGUCUACGGAGCCAGACUGGCUGCUAAAUACUUGGACAAGGAACUGGCUGGCAGGGUGCAGCAGAUACAAUUACUGGGUCGUGACAUGAAAGGGCCAGCACAUGACAAGCUCUGGAAUCAACUGGAGGCAGAAAUUCACCUUCACCGCCAUAAAACUGUGAUCCGAGCAUGUAGAGGUCGAAGUGACCCAAAGAGACCUCUUCCCUCUCCUGUGGGACAUGAUCCAGACAUGCUGAAGAAAACCCAGGGAGUUGGCCCUAUCCGAAAGGUUGUGCUGGUCAAAGAGGAUCAUGAGGGUCUAGGAAUUUCCAUUACAGGUGGGAAGGAGCACGGCGUUCCCAUUUUAAUUUCAGAGAUCCAUCCCAGUCAGCCCGCAGACAGAUGUGGAGGGCUGCAUGUUGGAGAUGCCAUCCUUGCUGUCAACAGCAUCAAUUUGCGAGAUGCCAAACAUAAGGAAGCUGUCACCAUUCUCUCUCAGCAGCGAGGACAGAUAGAGUUCGAGGUCGUGUAUGUGGCUCCUGAAGUGGACAGCGAUGAUGAGAAUGUGGAGUAUGAGGAUGACAGCGGCCAUCGCUACAGACUCUACCUAGAUGAACUGGAUGACAGCAUCACAGCACCACCUAGCAACAGUUCAGCAUCACUUCAAGCACUGGAGAAGUUGUCACUGAGCAAUGGAGCAGAGUCUGGAGAUACUGGGAUGUCCAGUGAGACACCUUCAGGGGAAACCCCUUCAAAGCCACCAGAAACUGACUGCUCUUCCUAGAAACUGCUGGAAUGUGGAAAGGAAAAGAACUGAAAUGAAAUUCAGUGACAAUCCUGUGAAAAGGGGAACGUCUGUUUUCCCUUUUCUCCUUGGAGUGAUGUAAUUUUCUGGUCAUGCAACAAUGAUUUUUGGGUUUUAAAGUCCAUAUUCUUAAAGUGAAGGUAUGUGCAGAAGGGAGUGAUGCUGGACUCUGAUAAACUUGGUGAUAUACAGGAUAAUAAUGCAGGUGAUGGAUGUCACCAAGUUAUCGUGGAGGUGUUUAGUGGAGACACUUGUUUUGCUUUACUUUGUAUAGUUACUCAUCAAAGAAUCUAUUACCCAACUUCUCAGAUCUAAUCCGUUCAUGCUCAUCCAAAUGAGAUGUUAAAGAAUAAUUUUAUAUACGAUUAUCCCACCCGAAUAUUUUAACACGACUAUGUUGCAAAAAUAACACUUUGUAAUUGAAUACAAUUCUUUGGGUUCCCUGUUGAUUUGUCUAUCGCUGUUCAUUAUAUUUCAUUAUUGCUUCUGUUGUGCCACAUGUACUUUAUGAGGUGUUCCUCACAAUGUAAUAAAAUACAACAAACUCACAAACUGUUUUUAUCUCAGCCCCUGACCAACAGGCCUCACCACUAUGCAGAGAUAUUUAGUUCAAUACAUUGUUCUUAUUUCUUACUACUAGAGCUGGGCGAUAGAACGAUAACGAUAUGUAUUGCGAAAUAACUUUUUCUCAAUAGAAAAAUUUAACUAUUGCGAUAGGCCUCAUCUCUCUUGUCCUCUUAAAAAAAAAAAAAAAUAGAACAGCCAAUCCAAAUUAAGUAGCGCAGAGCCUAACCAAUCACAGCCGCAGCGUCACGUCACGUGACUUGUUACGUACAGCACAAGUGCCAAGGCGCACAUGUGUAUUUGUUUUUGCAGCCGGGCCGCCCGGGUAAUGAAGGAAAUGAGUUUGCCGACUAGAGAAAAAUCAACCGAGAGCGUGAGCGAAGGUUACCGAAGAAAAAAACCGAUGAUGGUUCCAAUGCCGGAGAGAUUGUCGAACGGAAGGGCCAUAGAAGUUCCGUAGUGUGAAGGUAUUUCGGCUAUUUCAAGUCCGACAAAAAACAGAGUAGCGCGCACUGUAAAUUGUGCCGAAAGCAAGUCUGGAAAUACAAUAAACCGGUGCAUGCUCAAUCUCUGACUGAAAGCGCUAAUUCGUCAUUCGGCUUUUGUCAGACUAAAGUCACUGUUAAAACUGUUUGAAAAGCUAAGCUGUACAACAAGGAGAGAUUGAGAAUUUCCUUUUAGUUCUCAGUUUAUUUGAUAUUGACAAAAGUUAGUCAAUUUUGUCUGUUCUUCUGUAAAACAAACUAAGAUUUAUUUUUAGAAUUAAAAUGUUGUUUCUAAGUGAAAUUGACAAUUUAGUAGUCUGUUUUGUUUGUUCUAUUUUGAAACUUAAACGCUUUAGCAGCUGCGUUUUGUGUAGUUUGCAAUAUUUGCCUUUAUUUAUCUGAAACUGAAGUUUCAUGUUCCUUAAGUACAUCUACCCUGUUGAACUUAUUAUGGGAAAUAAAUAUUUAAAUUAAAACAAGCUGCUAAUUAUUUCACAUUUUACUUGUGCGCAACGGCACAUUUAAAUCUUACAAAUAUAGUUAUUUGGCUUAUAUCGUGACAUAUCGUUAUCGCCAGAAAUGAAAAAAACAUAUCGUGAUAUGAAAAAAUCUUAUAUCGCCCAGCUCUACUUACUACUGUUAAUAUUAUUAUUAUUGUGGCCCAAAGAAACAGAAGUAAGUUAACUCCACCCCCAUGAACAACACUGUCUAAACACUCUCAAUGCUAUGUUAUGCAUUCAGGUCAGUCUUUUUUUAUUUUUAUUGUCUUGUUUUUACAUUUUUAAGUUUUGGUUCCAGUCUUGUUUUUAUCUGUGACAUAAUUGAAAGCAUUCAAAAAAAGUCCAAAACAUAUUUUCCCAUCUCGCGUUAGCAGGCUUACAAAAUGUGUGCAAAAGACAAAUCAAAUACAAUCAUUGUACACAAAAUAAUAAUGCAAUAUAUUAAGUGUUCUUCAGCAGUAAAGAUUCAAACAACUGCAAACGGGAAAACCGCAGACAUCACAAAAAUGUUUGAUCAUUCAUACUUAAAAUAGUAAAACAUAAAUUAGUAUAUUUAUCCGUAUUUAUAAAGAGGAAACGGCUGCUGCAGACUCCCUGAGCUCUGUAAGUAAGGCUCUCUGCUACAGUGCAGGCUCGCAUCAAAAGCAGUGAAUGAUCCCUGUUCGUAUAGAGAUGGUAUCAAAUGAGGAGGAUGGUGAGUCGUAAUAAAAUGCAACACUUGCCAAUAAGAUGAGUGAUCAAUGUUGCAGAAAAUGUAUAAAAAUGAUUGUAUUGCUGCAGCUGUACUUCAAAUGUUGAAACUUCAGAAUCAUGUAAAUAUUAAAUAUUAGUGUUCCAUGACCGAAAACAAAAAAACAUAAUUUUCUUGAUUAAAUGGACGUUCUCAGUG